AAAACAUGUAGAAGUGUAUAAGAAUGUGUAAACUUUUCUAUUGCAAUUUGUGCUUCCCUCAAACCUUUUUGCAUUGAAAGGCGCGCUCUGAGAUAUUGGACGCUUAUCAAUCAUUACCAAAAGCUCAAUCUUUCACCAGCAAGCCCAGAUCUUUCCCAAAACUUCGGGCUUUCUGAAUUGAAUAUCGAAUCCAAACCCCCAGCAGUGUUGUUGGCAAGAUCCCCCAAGAGAAACAUGUUGCGUACUGAAGCGUCAUUUGAGAUUUACAAUACAGACGAAGCGCUGCCUGGAGAAUCUAAGAAUGAAGAAUUGAUCGCGAAAGAGGUUAUGAGCAGUGGAGAGUUCAGUUUUAGGAAGAUUGAUGAAAUUGAUGGAGAAGGGGAGAGUGAACAAGAAGAAAGUGUAGAAGAAAAGUUUAAAGAUAUGAGUUUUGCUGGGGAUGGGGAUGAAGAAGAGAUUGAGAAAUACUAUAAGAUGAAGCUCAAAGAGAAUCCUUCCAACCCUUUGUUUCUCAGGAAAUAUGCUCAACUUUUGCAGUCAAAGGGAAAUAUGUCAGAAGCAGAGGAACAAUACUUUCUUGCUACCUUAGCUGAUCCUAAGGAUGGGGAUACCUUAGCACAUUACGCUCAGUUGGUUUGGGAGCUCUAUCAUGACAAAGAUAGAGCCCAUUGGUAUUUUAAGCGUGCACUUCUUGCUGCUUCCAAUGAUAGCUAUGUUCUUGGGGCAUGUGCUAGUUUUCUUUGGGAGAUUGAUGGAAGCGAUGAUGAGCCAAAGGAGGACUCUUUGAGAGAAGAUGGGUACUCUUCAAGUGCAAUAGCUACUGAACCAAGUGAAGGUGCAAUGAUUUUGGCAUAUGCAAAUUUUAUAUGGAAACUCCAUCAUGACAAAGACAAAGCAUCAUUGUACUUUGAGAGAGCAAUUCAAGCAUCUCCAGAAGAUAGCAUUGUGUUGGGAGAAUAUGCAAGCUUUCUGUGGCAAAUAGAGGAAGAUUAAGAUGCUUCUGGUGUAAGAGAAUGAAGAGUGCGGUUUUGUUUUCUCAAAUAAAUAAUAUUGCCUCCAUCCAAAAAGAAAAGUAUCAAUUUACUACGUGGUAUCACUUAGCAACUCGUCACAUUUAUCUCCAAUUUUAUGUAUCAACGUUAUUUACAUUGAAUACAAUUUAUGGGGUCCAAUUUUUUUUGUCUUACCUCGAGAUCACAUCAUCUAUAAGAAAGUGAUUAUAAGAAAGUGAUUUAUAUAG